AUGCGCUUCUCCACAAUCGCUGCCAUCGUUGGCUGCAGCAGCUUUGCUCUUGCUCAGACUCAGCUGCUUCCUAAGUGCGCUCAAUCGUGCGUUGGUACGGAUUUCGGCGGCUGCGGCACCCUCGACGUCCAGUGCAUCUGCACCAACAAGUCCCUGAUCUCGGGCCUGGCCUGCUGCGUGUCCACCAGCUGCGAUGAAGCGGACCAGCAAACUGUCAUCGCGUUUGCGCAGAACCUUUGCAAGCCGCAGGGCGUGACCGAUCUCCCGACCAGUGCCACCUGCGCCUCGGGUGCCUCCUCGGCCACUGGUUCCGCGUCGUCGACGGGCGGCAGCUCUUCCGCCAGCACUACUGGUUCGGCCGCGAGCGCUACCGGUUCGGCCGCCAGCUCUGCUGCUGCGGCGGCGUCCAGCGCCUCGGCCGCGAGCAGCGCGGCUGGGUCUGCGCCGACCGGCGGCGCCGCCAUGUGCAAGGGCAGCGCUGCGGGUAUGGGCUUUGGUUUGGUGUUGGCUGGUUUGAUGGGCGCUCUGUAG